AUGAAAUGUCCUGGGCUCUGGUGGUCAAGUGACGCAAACCAUACGCCUCAAAACCAGAAGAAAAAAAAGUUGAAGAAGCAAAAGGAGUUCGACACUCGAGCUGCGAGAGAGCAGGGCAGCUGUAGGGAAAUAACGAGCACGUGCUCCAGGAUCGAGCUGUAG